AUGGCGCGCAAUACGAACGGGCGACCCGUGAAAUCAUUUCCAUCUGCACGAAAAGCGAACGCGGUCGGGUACGCGAAGCGGCACGCGGGCAAGGCCAAAGCCGGCGCGCUCUCGGACGUCUACGAGCACCAGCAACAGCGCGUGCGGCGAGACAAAGUCAGGCUUGAUCUCGACCGCGACGAGGAGGCGGACCGCGGCUUUGCGGGCUCCGACGACGAGGGCUUCGACCGCGACGCGCUCCGUGCGCGCCUGAUAGGAGAGAACGUCGACGAUGAGAUGAUCGACUCGGAGGACGACGAGGAGUUGGACUCUGAUGCCGCGUUUGAGUCGGGCGAUGAGGAGCAGUAUGCUGGUUUCUCUUUCGGCAAGAAGAAACCACAGGCCGGUAAAUCUAUGUCGGGGAAGGCCAAGGCGCGACUACCUGAUGUGAACUUGGAUGAGGAUGAGGAGAGUGGGCUGGAUAGUGCAGAGGCUGGUCAGGCAGACGAGGAUGAGGAGGACGAGGAGGGCGAGUUCUUUGACGUUCUCGACAUGUUGGACGGAAGAGGGGUGGAGGCGUUGGAAGAGACGGAGAAGACCGAGCAGAAGAGAGAGGAGCCUCACGCGAGAGACGAGGAGGAAGAUGGAAGCGAGGAGGAAGAGGAGGAAGAUGUGGAAGAGGAGGACGUCGCGAUGUCUGCGGACGAGGGGAGCGUGGACGAGGAUGCCGUGGAGGGCCUCGCCAGGUUCGUCACCUCCCUCGACGCGGGAAAGAAGCGCAAAGCAGACGAUGCCGGGAACGAAGAUGCAACCAGGCGGAAACGCAGGAUUCUUGCCGAACGAACACAGGCUGGGCCGGAGAAUGAGUUUGCUACGAGAGCAGGAUCUUCGAAACUUCAGCUUGACGACCUUCUCGCUCCUUUGACAUCUGCUUCUGACUCUGUUCUCGCCCUCAAGAAGUCAGCAAAGACUCUGACGUCUAAUCGCACUGGGAAGAAGCUUUCCGCACCCUUGGCCACUCGUGCACAAGAGCGUCUGGACCGCGAGGCUGCUUACGAGCAGACAAAGGCCGAGGUCGACAAAUGGAACGACACGAUGAAGCAAAUCCGUGAGGCGGAGCAUCUUGCGUUUCCUUUGCAAGCAAAGCCCAAGGAAAACACGUCAAAUCUUGCGCUUGCGUCAAAGUUUCAGCCUACGACAGAACUCGAAACAUCUGUAGACAAGCUCCUCAAGAAGGCUCAAAUGCGCGAAGAAGACCUGGCACAUACAGAAGAGCUCAAGAUGAACCACCUCUCAGUCGAGGAAGUUGCCGCACGUCGCGCAGAAGUGCGCAAGAUGCGCGAACUGACAUUCCGGGCCGAGGUCAAAGCCAAGCGCAUGGCGAAGAUCAAGAGCAAGACGUUCCGCCGCCUGAAGAAGAAAGAGCGCGAGCGUCUUGCUGCCGAUGGUGUCGACUCGGAUGAUGAGGAUGCGUUGUUGAAGCUUGAGACGGCGAGGGCGAAGGAGAGGGCUACGUUGCGGCACAAGAAUACGGGCAAAUGGGCGAAGGCGAUGCAGGGGCGUGGAGAGCUCGACGCCGACCAGCGGCAAGAUAUCCAUGACAUGCUUGAUCGUAGCGAGAAGCUCAGAAGACGGAUCGAGGGGCGGAAGGACAGCGAUGCGAGCGAAGAGGAGAGUAGUGAUGACGAGGCAGAUCCCGACGCUCUGAGAGCACGCGCAUUCGACGAGCUGGAAGCGUUGAAAGGAGACGAGGAGACAGGCGACCUCGGUGGUGGGAAGAAGGGGAAGAGCGUGUUUGACAUGAAGUUCAUGCGAGACGCGGCUGCUCGGGAACAGCGGGAAGUUGAGCGCCAGGCGGAUGACUUUGCGCGCGAGAUCGGUGCGCUCGAAGGUGGCUCAGAUGAGGAUGGGGAAGGUGGUGUUGAGGAGCAUUCGUCGAACAUGUUCGAACGUAUAGGCGGUCGCAUGUCUUUCCGUCCCGGUCCUCAGAGUGCUGCACAAGAAGUAUCCGGCAUCUCAAUCCCAGCGCCCUCUGACACCUCAAGUACAACGCUCAAGACCGCAGACCUCCCCGUCGUCUCACCCUCAACAUCGCUCGUUCCGCUUCACCCAGACUCCACCUCUUCAGUCAAUCCGUGGCUUGUGGCCAGCAGUCGGAACAGUGGGCCAAAACGCGCCGAAGUCGCCGUGGGAAAGAACAGCAAAUCCGCAGACAAGUUCAAGGAUAAGCUGUCGAAGCAGCAGCUCCGUCGGGCAGAGGAGCGCGAGGCCGCUGCCGAAGACGCCGAACUUGAGAUCGAGCCUGACCAAGCGCUGGUCUUGUCUGCAGCGCAGCCGGCCGUCGCCUCCUCCACGAACGCCAAGACCAGGAAGGCGAGUAAGGGCAAGGACAAAACGCCACCCGUGGAAGACGUUGCUGCUACUCCCGGCGCUGGUGACUCGUCCGAGUCGGAUAGUGAGGUUGAGGUGCAGGAGCUUCAGCUUGAGCGUAAGGGCACCAAACAGAAUGCCAUGGCGUUCAAGCAGCGGGAUCUGGUAGCCAUGGCCUUCGCCGGCGACAACGUUGUGCAGGAGUUCGAGGAGGCGAAGAGGAGAGAGGUCGAAGCCGAUGCGCCCAAGGAGAUCGACACCACAUUACCGGGUUGGGGCUCAUGGGGCGGCUCUGGUACGCGCAAGGCUGCACCCAAGCCUCACCUCAUCAAGAAGGUCGCCGGCGUCGACCCCAAGUCGCGCGCGGACUACGGGAAGAGCCACGUCAUCAUCUCCGAGAAGAGAGAUAAGAAGGCGGCGAAGUACCUCGUGAAGGACCUCCCGUAUCCGUACACCAGCCAAGCUCAGUAUGAGCGGAGUCUCGCAACGCCGGUCGGCACUGAGUGGAACACGCGCGUCGCGUUCCAGCGUGCGACGUUACCCAAGGUCACGAAGAAGAUGGGCGUGGUCAUCAAUCCGCUCCAAAAGAAGAUCUAG